AUGUCAUAUAGUGAAGAUAUUUCAACUCGUUUAGGUCAAUUAGAGAAGAAAUAUAAUACCCUUCAAAAGAUUGUUAUGCACAACAUAAAAGAUGAUGAAUUAUCAAGAUUGCAAGACCAAGUUCAUGAAAUCGAUGUUUCGCUAACAAAAUUAACGAGCAUUGUCAAUAAUGAAAUUAUGAAAAUUAAAUCAAUGAUCGACUUAUCAAUUGACGAUUUAGAUUCUAAAAUUAACAUCAAAAUUGAAGAUAAAAUGCCAGAUUUAGAUGAAGUUAACGACAAAAUCGAAACAUUACAAGAAGAGUCAUUUAUUUUUCACCAACAAGUGGCUGAUGAUACCGUAAUAAUCAAUGAAAGAUUUUCUUAUCUCGAAACAAUUGUCAAUAAGCUCAAGAUAGAUAAUUUAACAACUAUUGAAAAUAAAUUCCAAAAUGUUCAAAAUACAAAUAAUAACUUGACAGAAUUUGUUAAUAAAGAUGUUGAAGAUAAACUUAAAGAAUUAAGAGAUUUAGUUGAAAACAAAUGCAAUGAUUUAGAUUCAAAAAUUGAUGAAUGCAAACAACACGAAGAAGAAGAUUUCAAGAUAUUAGAUUAUAAAGAUAAAGAUUUACAAAAACAAAUUGAUGAUUUAAGGAAAUUAAUUGAAACAAAUAACAUUCAAGCUGAAUGUCCAACACGUCGUAUCGAUUUAAAUGAUAAUAAUAAGAUAAAUGAAUUAGAAAAUAAGAUUGAUAAUAUAAAACGGGAAAAAGAUGAUGAAUCUAAGAAGUUAAAUGAUUUUAUUGGAAACUUACAAAAUUUAUUGAAAGAUAUGCAAAAUAAUGAACCAGUAGAAAAGAAGAAGGAUGAAAAUGUUGUCGAAUUAAAGAAUAAGUGA